AAGUGAUACAAAGUCUUUUAGAUCAGGUUUGUGUUUCUGGGUUCCCUAUACCGUAUCUUACGUUUCUUUUAUUUUCUCUGCAAUGACAGAUUGAAGAGACUCUGAAUUCCCUGGAGAGCAAGAUGAAAUUUGACAUAUACUAUGCAGAAUUAAACGAACGUAAGAAUUUGACACCAAUCUGCAGCGAGGACAUGACACUGCACUUUAACCUGCAUCGAGGGAUUCAUGGCCACAUGAAUAUAGUAUUUAAGACACUUUCAAAGCUCUCCGUCAAUGUUCAUGGCCUGUUGGUAGUAUUACAACCCCCACUGAAGAACUUUCCCGAGAAAAGCUCAGUAUUCAAAAGGCUUCUUCCUAACCGGUGGACAAAGGCUAAAAUACCGACGUUGGAAAGUGUCAUUUUUGGCAAAGACUUCAAAAAGAAAUUGGCAGCAGACGUAAGUAAAAAACAUGAAUUUGUAUUUGAACCUUCCAGGGGGUAAAAACAGUUAUGUGAGUGGAAUUUUAAAUAGGAACAAAAGUUCACAGACAACCCCAGGCCCCUCUAACAGCCAGGGCCGGAACUAGGGGUAGGCAGA